UUUGCAAAAUAAACAUGGAACCGCUAGACAAUAUUGUUUUUAAUGAAUUUAGUUCGGAUUGGGACGGAGAUAUCGAUAAUAAUGAGAAAGAAAAGUAUAUAAAACCUACUCAAUGUGAAAUAGAAGAAAAAGAUGCACCAAGACCAGAACACUUGGAGGUGCUGAGUAAAAUUUUUGGACAUAAAAACUUCAGACCUUUUCAGUGGAAAAUAAUCAAUUCUAUAAUGAACAAUAGAAGAGACGUUUGUGCAAUUAUGGCCACAGGCUAUGGAAAAUCACUCUGCUACCAAUUUCCUUCAGUCUACAUUGGUGGAGUAACUUUGGUUGUAUCCCCAUUGAUUUCAUUGAUGGAGGACCAAGUUUUGUCACUGAAAGUAACAAACAUACCAGCAUGUCUGUUAGGCUCAGCAAAUGACAAACAACAACAGACCAUUGAGGACAUAUUAGAAAACAAAUAUUCACUGGUUUAUUGCACUCCUGAAUUUGUGACCGGAGAUUAUGGCAACAAUUUUCUAAUUAGAAUGAAAGAGGCAUUAUCUAUUACUUUAAUAGCCAUCGAUGAAGCUCACUGUGUGAGUAGUUGGGGCCAUGAUUUUAGAUUCCAAUACAGACAACUGGGGGUUUUGAAGAAGAUGAUGCCAGAUGUUCCAAUUUUGGCUGUCACAGCCACUGCCACCCAAAAAGUCAGGAAUGACAUUGUGACUUCAUUAAAUUUAAAGAAUCCACUAAUGCCUUGUACUGGAUUUGACAGACCUAACUUGUACUUUGAGGUACACCCCAAAAGUGUUUAUGGGGUUUAUGAGGAUAUAAAGAAACAUGUUAUGAAAAAGGAAGAUAAUGGUUGGUGUCUGAGUGGAUCCACCAUUGUUUAUUGCAUAACCAGAAAAAAUACUGAAGAAGUCGCUUUUGAAUUAAAAGCUCGCGGCAUAAAUUGCCUUCCUUACCACGCGGGUUUAAGUCUGUCCAAACGCAAGGACACGCACGAGCAGUUCAUCAUGGAUAAGGUGGAGUGUAUUGUGGCGACAAUCGCCUUUGGUAUGGGCAUCGACAAACCCGAUGUCAGAAACGUUGUCCAUUACGGGUCGUCGAGCAGUUUAGAGUCUUAUUAUCAAGAGGUGGGCAGAGCUGGCAGGGACGGCAUGCCCUCCAAAUGCGUUUGUUUUUAUGCCGAUCGAGAUUUCCAUAUGCACAGGAUGAUCAGAGAAAAAGGUUAUGGAAGUGAAAAAAAUAAGGCUGCCAAAGAGAUAAUGCUGACUAAAAUUAUCAAAUAUCUGACUUCUUCAAGAUGCAGAAGAAAAUUUGUAUUGUCUCAUUUUGAAGGCGCCGAUGUGUCGGUCCCUUGUCAUACUUUAUGCUGCGAUAAUUGUACAAAACUAAAAAAUGGUGCUCCUGAAGAUCUCUAUGAAGGCCUUGACAGCAAUGGUUUAUACGAUUUUACUGAAGAAGUUAAAAUUUACUUAUCCACUGUUGAUAUAAUGAAUGGAGAGCACACUACAAGUUUGUACAUAUGGUUUUUGCGCGGCUCGAAAAACUCUAAACUGCCCAGGAAAUAUCAGGAACAUCCUUGCCAUGGAUUUGGAAAACAUAAAUCAGAACGCUGGUGGAAAGCUUUUGCUAAUAUGAUGGCAAUUGAGGGAUUUUUGACUAAACAAGUAAAGACAAGCAGUGCCAAAUAUACUUUUGUGGUCUACAGUUUGAGCCUAAAAGGAAAGAAAACGUUGUCGGACCUAAAUAAUGACAGUAAUCUUAAAAUUAAAUUGGAACCUAUACCCGAAUUAUUGGAAAUGUUGUCUAAGAAACCUAAGCAUGUUAUGGAUGCUAGCUUAAGUCAAAGCUCUCAAAUCAGCAAGCUUUCAACACAACCGAGUACUAGUCAAGAUAUGGGCAGUAAAGUCGAUAUAGAUAAUCUGAACGAAGAGGACACGAAACUGUACAGAUUAUUAUUGGAUAAACGCAAUCAUUUAGCCACAUCAAACGGCGUAAUACCUUACACUGUAGCCACUCAAGUUGCGCUAGCUGAAAUGGCUAAGCGUAAACCUAAAACCAUCCCUGAAUUGAUUAGUUGCAAUUUGGAGGGCUUUGCGGAAGGGAAGAUUAGAAGGUUCGGCAGUGAGUUUGUGUCGAUUGUCCGAAUCAUGUGUGGAUUGUCCUCCGAAGUACCCGCCUACGUUCCACCUUUGAUCGACAUCAAAAGCUACGCAAAAUCUCGAGCCGAACGCACUGAAAAAUUCAAAAACAUCCCUGACGUAAUCGAUUUGGCGGUUUUGAAAAAUAAAAACCAGCAAUCGCCUAAAGAUGGUUCUAUUAAAAGUCUUUUAGAAAAAAAUCCGUUGCCAAAUGUGAAUGUCAGUCGUACAAUGAUUGAAACUUAUGAGUUGCUUCGCUCUGGCAAGACUUUAGAAGAAGUCGCCCAUAUAAGGAAGAUAAAAAUUUCCUCAGUCAUAUCAUAUUUAGUUACAAUGAUGAAAACAGGACACGAGAUAAAAGUUUCUGAAUUAGGUGUCGAUGAUUCCAAACGCGUGACUAUUUUAAAAGCCAUACACGACGUUGGUGAUUUACAAUUAAAAGUUAUAAAAGAAGCAUGUGGGGAAGAAAUAACUUACGAUGAAGUUAAAGUCGUUCAGACGUUUGUUAUAAUUAGACGACAUCUACAACAAUUAAAUCUACCUUACGAAGAAUUUGAUGCAGAUUCGUAUAGAGACGCUGUUCAUUGCGACGUUUUAGAAUCGCAUGAUAUAGUUGACAAAGAAAAUACAACCGGUUCCCAAACACCAAAAUUUAAAUUUAAAAAAAGUAAAACACCAGCAAUUCCUUCUGAUUUAUUAACUAUUCAAGAUAAUAAUACAACAAAAGAAUCUCAAGAAUCCGCAUCUUCGAUUUCAAAUUUUAAAGAUGCAAGUGAUGAAAUAGAUUUGGAUGAAAUAGAUAAAUUGCUUGAAGCUGUAAAUGAUAUGGAGGAAUUUGAUUCGGACGCCACCAUUGACUUAUCCGACGAGUCACCUCCAAAAAGAUUCAAGUGUGAUACAACUGAAGAUGCCAUUGAUGUUUCUGAGCAAAACGUAAAAAAUGACAUGACCGAAUCUGAUGCCAAAACUGAGAUGAAAACCGUUGGAAAUUCGCAAGAAACAUCCAACAAAUUAAAAACAAAGAAGUUACCUCCAUGGAUGGUCGCUAAAAAAAUUUAAAAUUAAUUUGUAUGUUUAAUAUUUGUUGUUUGUAAGAAAUAUUUAAUUAGUUCGUUUGUUAUUUUCAUUUAAUAUUUUCAUAAUUAAAUACAAUGUUUAGUUGAA